ACCUUGUUUCAGUCGUACCCGAAGAGCUGUCAAACGACACACGCCAUCUUGACAGCACCCUCAAAAUGGCAGAAGGAUGUAAGCUAGAAGCCGAGUACCGACUGACGCACCUGCGCUCUCUUAUUUAACACUAAGACUCGUUAGUUUUUCCACAAACGGGCGGUUAUGGGGUUGGUGUCCAGAGCGCUAUUGCCGAGUCUUUAAAAUGGACAUAACGACGGCGGUUUUUAACGCAGCCAGAGAUGGUAAGCUAAAACUUAUCCAGAAGUUGCUGUGCAACAAAACUCCUGAGGAGCUGGAGGCUUUAGCCGAGGAGAAGACACAGGGAGGCACACCUUUGUUGAUCGCCUCCAGGUACGGACAUCUACAGGUUGUAGAUUACCUCCUCGAACACUGUAAGGCUAAUGUUGAACUCGGGGGUUCGGUUAACUUUGACGGCGAGACCAUCGAGGGAGCUCCGCCGCUGUGGGCGGCUUCGGCAGCGGGACACCUCCCUGUAGUGAAGACGCUGCUGAAACACGGCGCCUCCGUUAACAACGCCACACUCACCAACUCUACGCCGCUUCGAGCAGCCUGUUUUGACGGUCACUUGGAGAUCGUGCGCUACCUGGUGGAGCACAGGGCUGACAUGGAGGUCGCAAACCGUCACGGACACACCUGCCUCAUGAUCUCCUGCUACAAGGGCCACAAGGAGAUAGCCAAGUUCCUACUGGACCGUGGGGCUGACGUAAACCGCAAAAGUGUUAAAGGUAACACGGCCCUCCAUGACUGUGCCGAGUCAGGCAGCCUGGACAUCAUGAAGAUGCUGCUCAAGUGUAAUGCCCGUAUGGAGAGAGAUGGAUAUGGUAUGACCCCGCUGCUUGCUGCAAGUGUCACAGGUCACACCAACAUUGUGGAGUAUCUCAUUCACCAGCCUAAGAGCUCUAGAGAGGAGCGCGUUGAUGCUCUAGAACUUCUUGGUGCAACAUUUGUGGACAAAAAGCGUGAUCUUCUGGGUGCGAUGAAGUACUGGAGAAGGGCUAUGGAUCUCAGGCAGCCAGGGAACAAGGCUGGAUCUUUGACUAAGCCUCCUCCUGGUCCUCCCAUCCCUGCCUAUGGUUGUGCUCAGGAGGUCUGCACAGCCGAGGAACUUGAAGCUUUAAUAACAGACCCAGACGAAAUGAGGAUGCAGGCUUUGUUGGUAAGAGAGCGCAUCCUAGGGCCAUCGCACCCCGACACCUCCUACUACAUCCGCUAUAGAGGAGCAGUGUAUGCUGACUCGGGCAAUUUUGAGCGCUGCAUCAGCCUAUGGAAGUAUGCUUUAGACAUGCAGCAAAGCAAUUUAGACCCUCUCAGUCCUAUGACAGCUUCUAGUUUUCUAUCCUUUGCAGAGCUCUUCUCAUUUGUUCUUCAAGACAGGGCCAAAGGCACCUUCUCAACACGCAUCACCUUUCACGAUCUGAUGACUGUGCUGGGGAAAAGUGUAAUGGAGGUGGAGAGAGCUGUGGCACAAAGGGACAAUCCUCCUGAAGCCCCCCAGUUCACCAAGGCUCUGUCCAUCAUCCUCCACCUUAUCUUUCUGCUAGAGAAGCUGGAAUGCACCCCAGAGCAGGAACACCAAAAGAAGCACACAGUAUACCGUCUGCUGAAGUUAAACCCUCGGGGUCGGGGCAACUUCACCCCUCUCCACAUGGCUGUUGACAUGGAAACAACCUCAGUAGGUCGCUACCCAGUGGGCCGCUUCCCCUGCCAAGCGGUGGCAGCUCUGCUUCUGGAGUGUGGUGCAGAUGUGGAUUCCAGAGACUCGGAGAACAACACACCACUGCACAUUUCUGCUAAAAAUGGUUCCCCAGAGAUUAUGGCACUCCUUUUGAAGGCCGGAGCUCAUUUUGAUGUCACUAAUGCUCAGCGCAAGACGGCGUACGAGCUGUUGGACGAGCAGAGCAGCGGACACCCGGCCCUCUACCCGCUGAACUAUAUCACCCUUCAGUGCCUGGCGGCGCGUGCAAUUGAAAAGCACAGACUGCCCUACAGGGGACUCAUCUCUGAGGAGAUGGAGGCUUUUAUUGAGCUGCACUGACUUCCACCACUCUUCACUCAACCCUGCACAACUCCUCCUGUUGUCCCCCCCUACUUUAGUUUGACCUUAAAAUCAAAUCUGUCUUCAUGCUGUUUUCUUUAUCUCUGCCCCACAGAUUUCUGUUUUGCUCCUGGUUCUGCAGACCCAUGACUGGGCCCAAAUCUCUGGCUGAGAUCUGGUCAGUGACUGUUAUGCAGCCUCUUCAAAGCGAUGGGUUUGAUCACGUAAAAGCCUAAAUGCAAUUUUUUUUUUUUGAAGAGCAUUGCAGUAUAAUGGUGCUUGAUGGUGCUUUUUGACAAUGGCUUAACUGGAUGUGUGAUUGGUUUUCUCUGUUACUAAUGGAAAGCCACUGAUCAAAGUAGCCAGUUACCAGUUUAUUGUAUUCUGCUCAUUUGAUUUGAAAAGGUGUUGGAACGAAUGUGCCAAAUGUCAUCCUGUCUGUGACGGACUGUAGCUACAGUCUUUUGCGGACUGUAGCUGAGGAAAUGAACAGCAGCUGACCUAUAUUCCAAACUCUUAUCGGUAGUUACCCAAAGGUGGGAGCAUCCAUGAAACUUCCUUUUCCUCCUAGUUCAGCAACUGGAGAUAGUCGAUAUUACAGACACUAAUAUGGUUUGACAGCCUGCAGAGUUGUCAUUGAAAACCUGACAGUUUUUACGAGCAGCAAAUGUACUGGAACUGUAGUUUGUCCAACACUCGCUCGUCUGCAGACAGGCUUUUACAACCUAUGCAGUGAUAUUUCAACCAAGGUGCAGCAUUUUUUCUCUUACAGUAAAUUUACAGCAUUAAAAGAAAUCAAGUGCAAUAAGAUUGAACUUGAAUUUUUAGAUUUCUUUUUUAAAUGGAUCUGGUAUAAUGACAUGGAAUUAGUUUUAUUCUACUUUCUGCCUGUCUGAAUUGAUUCCAGUUGUGCUAACAUCCCAUUAUAAAUGUUAACUGUCCAGUGGUUUUUAAGAUUUAUAAUGGAAGUUUAUCAAGGAAGUGUUGAUAACAACAGAAGUUCUUUCUUUCCAAACUGGUGUAUUGUUUGUGUGUUAUUCCCUUUUAACCAUAGUUCACAGAAAUGCUACAGUCGGCUCUCCGGCCGCUGCUGCAUCUCAGUCUUAUUUUUAAUUGUCGCUUUAUUUAUCCUGUGUUCUCACAAAUGUUUUUUCUUUUUGAUCAUACGCCGAGCAUCACCAAGUGAGUUAAAUGCACACUGAAAGUUUCCAUAAAUCCAUAACUAGUUGCAGGUUUUCAGGCUGUGAACUGUUGCUGCCUUCGUUUUCGCAACGCCGUGGAAUAAUGAACUUGUUGAUGAUGAUAACUUAAGAGCAGAAGUGUGGUGGAGAUACUUGAAUAAAAUUCAGUAUCACGACAGGA